AUGAACGAACUCGAUGAAAUGCAAAACGAAAAGAGAAAACAGUUACUGGAGAAGGAGCGCAACACUAUGCAAGAACAUGAAAAGAAGUACUAUAAUAUGAGAGAGCAGUGGCAAACAGACUUGGCUCCUAGAAAGCUGUUCAGUAGCUCACCACUUCUAUUCAAUUUCGUCUCCUUGUUUGUCUGCUUGCAUCACAUACUUCAGUCAUAG